AUGAGGAAAAUCAGUAAUGGAUUUCGAUUUAGUCCUAACGAUUCGGAAUUCAUCGAUUAUCUCCUGGGUUUCGCCACUGGGAAUUCCCCUCCCUCCCACGGCUUCAUCUCCAUAGCCGACCUCUACGGACAAACGGAGCCUUGGGAGCUGUUCGAAAAUUCUGAGGUAAAAAGUGGCGGCGGCAGCGGCUGCCGUUAUUUCUUCACCAAACUCAAGAAAGUCGGCGCCAAGAAGGGAAGAAGCUACCAGCGCUACUCGAGAAACGUGGGGGCCGGCGGGAAUUGGUCUAACAAAGGCCAGAAAUCCGACAUCAUCGGCCCCAAGGGCAACAUCAUCGGACACUCCAGAACUUUCCGCUACCAGCCGAGAAGCUCUGACGACGUGGGCCCCACCCGCGGCGAGUGGGCCCUCAAGGAGUACUCUCUUCCCGAGGGCACGGCACUGGGACUUGACGAGGAUCAACGGGACUACGUUCUCUGCGUACUCAAGAAGAAGAAGGAGAAGAAAAAAACAAGUAGUGGCGUUGUCCAAGCUGUCGAAGCAGAUUUUGACUAUCUGGUUGCCAUGCUGGCAGCCCCGGUCGAGGAUGAUGUUGCGCCCAACGAGAGUUUGCCGACUAUGCACGCGUGGACUGGGGUUAAUGAUGUUGUGCCACAAGAAGGGCUUCUGGAAUAUUCUGAUGAAGGAGGUUAUUGUUAUGACCAUCAGCAGCUCAUACAGGCCAUGCCGGUGACAGGUGGCGAGGUCGUGUGGCCUUCGGUUAUCGAGAGUUUGCCAACUCAUCAGCACAUGUGGACUGGGGUUAAUGAUCAUGAGGUGCCACCUGAGAGCUGUCGGUCACAAGAUUUAGGGUUGCUGGCGGAAUAUGUUGGUUUCGGACAAGUUAAUAAUGAAGAUUGUUCUCAGAACGAGCUGGCGACAGGUGGCGAGGCCAUGUGGCAGUCGAUUAACGAGAGGUCGCCUCUGCACAUGUGGAGCGGGGUUGGUGAUGAUAUAGUAUUGGGUCAUCAUGAUCCGGUUUUGGAAGACGAUUCUUUUGACUUCGAUGAUGUGGAUAAUUGGUUGCGUACGAAUGGGGUUCCACAGCCGGUAUACUGA